AUGGAAGAUGCCUCGACCCUUGUGGUUCCCAGGACGAUGGAAGAUGCCUCGACCCUUGUGGUUCCCAGGACGAUGGAAGAUGCCUCGACCCUUGUGGUUCCCAGGACGAUGGAAGAUGCCUCGACCCUUGUGGUUCCCAGGACGAUGGAAGAUGCCUCAACCCUUAUGGUUCCCAGGACGAUGGAAGAUGCCUCGACCCUUGUGGUUCCCAGGACGAUGGAAGAUGCCUCAACCCUUAUGGUUCCCAGGACGAUGGAAGAUGCCUCGACCCUUGUGGUUCCCAGGACGAUGGAAGAUGCCUCAACCCUUGUGGUUCCCAGGACGAUGGAAGAUGCCUCAACCCUUGUGGUUCCCAGGACGAUGGAAGAUGCCUCAACCCUUGUGGUUCCCAGGACGAUGGAAGAUGCCUCAACCCUUGUGGUUCCCAGGACGAUGGAAGAUGCCUCGACCCUUGUGGUUCCCAGGACGAUGGAAGAUGCCUCAACCCUUGUGGUUCCCAGGACGAUGGAAGAUGCCUCAACCCUUGUGGUUCCCAGGACGAUGGAAGAUGCCUGGACCCUUGUGGUUCCCAGGACGAUGGAAGAUGCCUCGACCCUUGUGGUUCCCAGGACGAUGGAAGAUGCCUCGACCCUUGUGGUUCCCAGGACGAUGGAAGAUAUGACAAGUCUUGCAAUUAUUGACUUUGAUUUGUUUCGUGACUGUGUCAAAACUCAGUAG